CGACUCCAGGCUGGAGGGAAGUCUUGUUUUUGAUGAGUAACGCAGGGUGGCAGACGCGAGUUCCUCCUCUGCCUUGUACGGCGCUGCAGAGUGUCGUGUUUUUGUCUUCUCCGCCACGGGACACCAGCACCUGAAGUUUGUGCACGACGCAACCACGACCACCGGUGGCAGAAGGAGACAUUUGAAGAGCUGAAAAUCACGAACAAGGAAUCAGUUGACUCCCUCAAAGAAUUGAAACAUUUGUAGUCAACACCACAAGUCAUUGAUGACUUAUUUUAUUAAGUUCAGCGGAACAGUAUUUUAACGAGUGAAGGGUUGUUACCACUCUCACUGGUUGCAUGGUUGGCAGGACGCCACCAUGUACCAAGUAGUGCCUGGAGGGGCAGGGGGCACCAUCACCGAUAACACCCCCAUCAAGAAGAUCAACAAGGACACCCGGCCUGUGGUUGCGGCCGGUGUGCUGGGCGUGGUGCUGGUGAUUGCCGCGGUGACGGCUUGGUGCUAUUAUAUCGCCUCACUGCCCAAGCCCGACCUCUUGCGGGCUGAGAUGCUGGAACUGAACAAAGAUGGCUUCGUCAUACGCAACCAAGCAGCAGCCAUCGUCUUCAAAAUGGCUUUCAGGUCGAGUACCCUUGACCUGGAUUCCUGUUACAAGGAUGACAAUGAUAUCCUGAGAUGCGGCCGUUCAAACGAUGGGAAACUCAACUUCUUCAUCCAGACUGUAUUUGUAAAGACAGUGACGUGCUACCGUCUCAGGUGGGAGGAGCUGGAAUCUGACCGGCCGGUGGACCAUGCCAUGUCCUACAAUGGAUCACACUGGUAUGGCGGAGCAGAGUCUGCAGUUCAGCACUGGCCAAUCACCUUCAAGGGCCAGCAGGAGCCAAAACCCUUUGUGACGGGUGACGUGUACGCCAACCGGAACGAGUCAGGAAGUAUUUUAGAGCGCUACUGGCUCUCCUCUAAUGCGACGGCCAUCAAAAUCAACGACUCGGUGCCAUUCCAUCUCGGCUGGAAUGACACAGAAAAGACCUUUUACUUCCAGGCACGGUACCAGGACAGUCCGUACAGACCUCCUCUUGGCAAGCCACCAUAUGCUGAGCUCAGCUACCGUGUAUGUGUAGGGUCAGACGUUGGCUCGAUCCACAAGUACAUGGUGCGCAGGUACUUCUACAAGCCCCUCAAAGUUCCAUCUAAAUCCAUGUUCCGACACCCUAUCUGGUCCACGUGGGCCCUGCACAAGACAGACAUCAACCAGAACAAGCUUCUGGAGUAUGCAGCCAACAUACGAAAGCACGGCUUUAACUGUAGCCUUCUACAACUGGACGAUCGAUACUCAAAACAAUAUGGUGAUUUUGAUUUUGACCCAGAGACGUUCCCCAAUGCCACUGGAAUGUUUCAGCAGCUUAAGGCCGAUGGCUUCCUUGUGUCCCUUUGGACGCAUCCAUUUGUCAACUAUGACUCUGUGAACUUUCGGACGGUAGUGGAGAAAGGCUAUCUUGUGAGAGAGCCUACAGGAAAUCUCCCAGCGCUUGUUCGCUGGUGGAAUGGAAUUGGAGGGAUCCUGGACUUCACCAACCCGGAUGCACGGUACUGGUAUAUCGCACAACUUCGAAGUCUACGUUAUAGGUACCAAGGCAUCACAUCCUUUAAAUUUGAUGCUGGUGAGACCAGUUACUUACCUUGGAAGUUCCGCACUUAUGCUCAUCUCUCUGACCCCAGCAGCUUUACGCGACGCUACUCGGAAAUCGCUCAGCCCUACAAUGAGUGGGCUGAAGUGCGCUCAGGGUACCAGUCACAGAACAUCUCCUGCUUCUUUCGAAUCAUCGACCGUGACUCAGUGUGGGGCUAUGAGCUUGGUCUGAAGUCCCUCAUCCCCUCUGUCCUCACCAUUAGCAUUCUGGGCUACCAGUUCAUACUGCCAGACAUGAUUGGUGGGAAUGCCUAUCCCAACCGCACAGCUGGGGGCUCGGCCCUUCCAGACCGGGAGCUGUACAUCCGCUGGCUGGAAUUAUGUGCCUUCAUGCCCGCCAUGCAGUUCUCCAUUCCACCUUGGGCAUACGACGACGAAGUGGUCCAGAUCGCUCAGCGGUUCACCAAACUCCACGAGACUCUGGUGGCGCCUCGAGUGCUGGAACUGGCCAGUGAAGUGAUACACACAGGUGACCCGAUCAUAAGGCCCGUGUGGUGGAUUGCCACCACGGAUGAGACGGCAUAUAAGAUUGACUCACAGUUCCUCAUUGGUGAUGACCUGAUGGUGGCUCCAGUGCUGGAUCAAGGGAAACAGGAGAGGGACAUAUAUUUGCCACCUGGCCACUGGGUGAGCUACAAAGGUGAGCGCUACGACAACAAGGAGCCCUUGCUCCUUACCGACUAUCCAGUGGACUUAGAUGAGAUCGCUUAUUUUGAAUGGAUUGCAAAACCUUAGUGACAAUUCACAAUUUAACACUGCUUUUGUCCAUUUCAUACAGUCUUCAAUUGGGAACUUAAUGUCUACACACAAACAAACUGGAGUAUACAUAGUGACUUAAAAAAAGACAAAACGUUACACAAACAUAUACCAUCAUUGAAUACUAUUCAGAACAAUAUUGAAAAUUGUAUUCCCUAAAAUGUGAUACUUUUUCUAAAUCAGGUAGUAGGAUAAGUUAAGAAAUUAUGCAAUAGGAUGUUCAAAGCUUUAUAUUUUAUUGUUUGAAACAUGUACAUCAAUGCUUGUCAAAUUCUGGCUUAGACUGACUUAGUGAUACCAGAGUCAAUGAUCAUUCUCCGUUAUUGUCAAGAUGUGGCAGCCGCAAGGUUGUGCUCAUCAAUUAUUGAAUUUAUUGAGUUCCAAUGCAUUAAUGAGCACAAAGAGCAAAGGCACCAGAAUGAACAGUAUAGCCUGGCAGAGUAUAACAUGAAAAACGUUUAGCAUGGCACUGCUCUGUUCAUGAAGGUGAAGGUUGUUGGUGGAGCCAACGGUUGGCGUUCAAACUGCUUACCUGCACGUAAUAAGUCAGUACAGCCAUGCCGUCACCAUGCUAAAACCCAAUGACUCGCUACACAGAUUCAAACUGGACAAAAAAAACUUGAUACACAGAGCGUCUUGAUUGAAGGACAGAUUUUGUGUCCUUUUUGGAAUAUCUUAAAUUGUGCAGUUCUAGACCUACAUGCCUGGCUAAAACAAUCUGCCGUUAAGGUUUGUCUAGUUUACUAGGAUAAGGAAAGCUUUCAUUCAAGUCUCUGGUUUAGUGUUCGACUGCAGAAUGCAGCAGGCCUGAAGAAACACAGGGUAGCAGUCCACUCAUGCUUAUCCAUGUGCCUUGCCCUUCACCACUGAAUGUAUUUUAAAUGUAGUGACACAGUGAUUAGCCUGAAUUUUUUAGCAAGUGCAAUGUGUUCAACAAUAGACAAAAAGCUUUCUCCUAAGUAGUUGUUGUACAUUGAAAGCAGUCUUUUGAGCCAUUUAAUGUGACUGCUGUUUUGUCUCAGAUAUGCAGGGCAGUGAUACAGAUAAAACAAAGUAUUGUAUUGUUUUAUAAAGGGAAGUUUUGACUAUCAACCACUGCAAUAUGUCUAUUGCUAAGAAUAGGGUUCAUUGUUCUGAUAUGCUAUAUUUGUAUGUGCACCAUGUUGACCUCAAAGUAUAUGACUCGGCUGUUUGCUACUGCUACUUGUUGAAGCUAAAUCUUUAGAAUCCUAAAAAACUGAUUGUUCUUCGUUAAAGCUACCUUUAAACAUGCUAUGGCCUUCACUCUGCUACUAUAUUGAGCCCAGUACUAUGUGGCUCUAUGCAGUAGGAUAAUAAUACUGAUGUACAUUUGGGGGACUAGAACCUUUUUUGUCCAUUUGGGAAUGCAAUUUACCCAUUGCUGCCUUAGAAUAGAAGCUUAUCAGAGCUGUGUCCAACAUAUUUACUAAUUGUUUGACUGAUUUUGUAAAAUGCCAAACAUAUAGAUGAGACUUGCUAGCAAUGAGUGAAGUUCUCCAGUAAUGCACAUUGCACAAGGUCAAGUUUAGCACUUUUACGUGUUUGAAAAAAAAGUUAUUUAGCAUUUGCCCUCUAUCUCUUUUUUUACACGAUACUCUUCUCACCUUGCCAAUUCACUCAACACUGCCACAUUUUUCAGAGUGUUUUCACGUUUUUCUAAGCAUGCGUUUUCCCAUACAUGGGUUUCUGUCACUGAUAGCAUUUUGCCUUAGCUGCUUUACAAAAAUGCUCAUAAACCCUUGGCUAUUGUUGAUGUGGGCUUUUAAGCAGUUUUCAGUUUGACAUUGUGUGGUGGUGUCUUAUUCUUAAUGGGAGAGUACCAUUUUGAAAAAAAAAAUAUGAAUAUGAUAAUAGACAGCAAACAUCUGGGUAAGUUUGUCAAGAAUGCAUGUUCAAAGGGUCUAUGAAAUAACCCAUGCUUUUGCCUAAUAAUUCAGCCCUAUUUAAAGCAGCACAUGUAUUGUUGAUGAAUUCAGCAACACGUUGUAUUUUCUCUAUUGCAAGCUUUAGCGACCGGUGAAAUACAUUAUUUUUGUACGAUUGCCAUGUUUAUCUUGCAGCAUGGCCAGUUCCUGACAGACAUUUUCUUUAUUCUUUAUUUUCUUUAUUAAGCUAGAUCAUUCUUAUCAGGAACACAAAUUCCAUCCUCAUACUCCCAAGGUCUUUUCCCUGCAACUUUUUUUGUCCCACUUUGUUGUUACCUAGGUUUGUAUAAAUAAACACAGGCUAUAUGUAAAUGGUAUUGUGCACAGACAGACUAUAAGCUGUUGUAUACAGAAUUUACUGCUUGUGGCUCCACUAAUGUUGCCUGGUCACGCCCUCAUACUCUUGCCAUGUGAUGCGGAGGGAAAUGUUAAUUGAGCCGAGAUUCAUGGAUGGCAAGGCCAGGCUACCAAUAUUUGGAAUGCUGCAUAAAGUCAAAAACAAACACAGGAAAGUAGAGGAAUUUAAAACAUGUUAGUUUCAGUUUAGAAUAGUAACAAGUUGUUUAAUGUGGGGUUGUCUUAAUCUGCAGGGCAAUAAUAUAUGUGCAUGUUUUGGUGGACAAGGCUUUGUGAUGCAUAUUAUUUAAUUUUGUAUGAACUGCACUAAUAUGCAACCCUGUCAUAGCUUUCCCUCACCACAUGAGGGCAGGAGAAACCUACCCAUGUGAACACUGGCACUUGCAUUCUCUUGAGAGAAUAGAGCUGUCUUUGGGAGGAAAUCAAAAAGAAUAUAUAAACCCUCCUUGUGUGUAGCCUAUUUGUACAAAGUACAAUAUCAAGCUCCGUCCAACAGAAUUUGUAGACCUGAUAUCAAAGAGUUUAUUUCCUUUUUUAUUUUUCAUGCAUCCUUGUCUUAUUAUGUUUUUUAUCAUUUGUGUACGAGUGCUCUUUUCAUGUAAUGGUUUUGACCGCUUUCCCAUCCAGUACUGAAUGUAUGGCUGAUUAAAAAUUUGACAUAC